AUGUCUUUAGCAAUGAGGCAUGGACUUCUGCGAAAGAAGGGUCAUACCACGCUACCUAAAGCCUCUGGCGGAAUUGUCUGCAAAGCUGCAUCACAGCGUGUUGCAUUUGCUGUUGAAUUGCAUUCUCGUUGUCGUUUUCAAAAGCGUUGGAAAUCCGGACCGCAGUUCACCCUGCCUCGUCAACCAUUUCAUCCGCAGACAUCGGCGGUUGGGCCGUCGAACAUACCAGAUACCCAGGAGCACUGUUCAGAAUAUGAGCCUCCAAAAUCUGGCCUAUUGUCAAUGAUCCCAGCAUCAUGGGUUCCUUAUGCAGAGCUCAUCCGAAUCGACAAACCUUCGGGCACUUAUUACCUUUAUUUCCCUUGCCUCUUUUCAACUCUCAUGGCAGCUCCAAUGGCAUCCCCAAUUGCAUCCAUGAAUGCAGUGUUCGGAACAUCGUUGCUAUUCUUUUCCGGCGCAUUGAUCAUGCGUGGUGCCGGAUGUACUAUCAACGAUCUUUGGGAUAGAAAUCUUGAUCCUCACGUCACACGUACUCGCUUUCGACCCAUCGCUCGUCGUGCUAUCUCUCCAUUUAAAGGUGUAGUCUUUACUGGCAUACAACUUCUAGCCGGGUUGGGAAUAUUGAUUCAAUUCCCUGCUACCUGCCUGUUCUAUGGCAUACCAAGUCUCCUAUUCGUGGCAAGCUACCCCCUAGCCAAGAGAGUGACCAACUACCCCCAAUUUAUCCUCGGUCUGACUUUCUCAUGGGGAGCAAUCAUGGGAUUUCCAGCUUUAGGUGUGGACCUGUUUUCACACUGGGCAGCUCUUACCACCGCGGCCUGCCUUUACACUUCCAACAUUGCCUGGACCGUCAUAUAUGACAUGAUAUAUGCGCAUAUGGAUAUCAAAGACGAUGCUCAAGCUGGCAUUAAAAGUAUAGCUUUGAAGCAUAAUGCUAACACCAAGAAAAUUCUGACAGGGCUGGGUGCGACACAAGUAUGUCUCCUCACAGCCGCAGGUUUAGCCUCAGGUGCCGGACCAGCCUUUUUCGUCGUGAGCUGUGGUGGAGCUGCUUUAAGCCUGGGAAUUAUGAUCAAAAGGGUCAAUUUGAAGGAUGUGAAAAAUUGUUGGUGGUGGUUUGUAAACGGUUGUUGGAUCACGGGUGGCAGCAUCACCUUGGGACUGGCUACUGACUACCUCAUUCGCCUAUCUGAAGACGACUCUGAAAAUCCGCAGAACCGGUAG